UAUAAAAGGCUGAAAGAGAGAGAAACCAAAUCCAUAAAGCAUUGCAACACAAAAGAUACCGCCCACCGCCGGCACCGCUGCGAUGCUGCCGGAGACACCUCCACCACCACCUUUACAGUAACUCUGUUAGAUUUUCUCACGCCAAUUUCUAACUCCAUUCUAGAAAUCAGUUUCCCGGUGAAUUGUCGGUGAAAAUGUCGGUCCACAGUAAGCAAAACCAGAACCAAACACGUGAUAUGAAGCACCGGGUACUCACAUGCCUACACAAGCUUUCCGACCGGGAUACACAUUCGGCGGCGGCUUCUGAACUCGAGUCUAUUGCUAAAACUCUUUCCCCUGAAGCAAUUCCUCCUUUUGUUUCCUCCAUUUCCGUCACUGAUUCUUCGGAUAAGUCACCAGUCCGUAAACAAUGUCUCCGACUGAUCUCCCUUCUUUCCGAGCAUCAUGGAGAUUCUCUCUCUCCUCAUCUUUCUAAACUUCUAACCGCCGUCGUCCGCCGACUCCGCGACGCGGAUUCCGCCGUACGCUCUGCUUGCGUCACUGCUUGUGCGUCCAUUUCGUCACAUCUGACUAAACCUCCAUUCUCCUCAAUUAUCAAGCCGUUCCUGGAAGCGCUUUUCACGGAACAGGAGAUGAACUCGCAGAUCGGUGCUGCUUUGUGUUUGUCGGCAGCUAUCGAGGCGUCGCCAGAUCCGGAUAUUGCCUGCUUGAGGAAGUCGUUGCCGAGAUUUGAGAAGUUGCUUAAGAGUGAUAGCUUCAAAGCGAAGGCAGCAUUGCUUACAAUGAUUGGCAGUGUGAUCGCAGUUGGAGGAGCUUCUAGUCAGCAAAUUGUGAGGAAUUUGGUGCCGUAUUUGGUGGAAUUCGUGAGUAGUGAUGAUUGGGCGGCUCGGAAAGCCAGUGCAGAGGCUUUGCUGAGGCUCGCGGCAGUUGAGGGAGACGCUUUAUCUGAGUUUAAAGCACCGUGCUUGAAGACAUUCGAGGCGAAACGAUUUGAUAAGGUAAAGGCAGUGAGAGAAACAAUGAAUCAAAUGUUGGAAGCCUGGAAGGGAAUCCCUGAUUUGUCUGAUGAUGGUUCCCCUCUUCCUUUGUCAAAUUCCUCUUCCAAAGAAAAUGCAAGUGAUGGACGUUAUCCUCCUGGUCUGAAGACUUCCAGGGCUGUGAGCUCUAGUGCUCCUAGUGUAAAAAGGCCAUCUAACAAGUCCUCUGUAGCAGAUAAUUCCACUGCUCCUGCUGCCCACAAAGGUCCAGCAAUCUUUCGCAAACUUGAUCGCAAGAAGCCAUGGAAAGUUGAAGUUUCUGCUCCUCAUGGUUCUUCUGCGGAUUACCACCAAAACAAAGAUGGGAUACAGUUGCGCAAAGACGAGGAGUUGGAAACACAUACACAACCUGGAGUCAAACGUACUCUUUUUAGUAAGAUCACUAAUGAAACCAGGAAUAGUGUGGUGAAGGUUGGAUGUCGUGUGGUUCCAUAUCAAGAUGAGAUAUCAGAAUCUACUGUAGUUGUGAGCAAUGAAACUGAAGAUCUCUGUAGGAACCCAAAAGAUUGUGAAGAUCUCUCGCUGAUCCGGAAACAACUUGCUCAAAUUGAAACUCAGCAGUCCAAUUUGUUAGAUCUUCUCCAGAAAUUUAUGGGGAGCUCACAAAGUGGCAUGCAUUCUCUGGAGACACGUGUACAUGGUCUGGAACUGGCAUUAGAUGAAAUCUCAUUUGACUUGGCUAUGUCAGCCGGAAGGAUGUCAAAUACCAACUCUGCAUCCAUGUGUUGCAAGCUACCAGGUGCAGAAUUCUUGACUUCAAAACUUUGGAAGAAAACAGAAGGUCGUGGUGCAACUUCACACUUCUCUGCUUCUGGUGGAACCUCAUCAUCAGCAGGUUUAAUAAGCAAUGUAGCUGGUCAGAAUGGAAAUGGUGAAAGACUUAAGUUGGAGAAUAGGACAUACCGACUCCAUAGUAGUCGUGGGUUUAUUGUGAACCCAUUAGCUGAAACUCAUGGUGAUCCACAGAGAAUUUCUGAGCCUUCAGUUGGUGGAGUUUCAAAAAGUUUGCGAAAUGGUGUAUGAUGGUUUAUGUCAGGUUUGGAGACUGCAUGGACUCUUGAGCAUUGUAGUAGAGGAUUGUCAAGAAUGAAGCAGGAAGCAGUUUCUUACUAGAACAACUAUUAUUUUGUGCAUUUUCGGCCUCGGUUAUUCACUCAGUAAGCUUUGCCAAGUGCACUAUAAACUAUCCCACAUCAUUCAAGCAAACUUUCUUCAGAAUUAGUGUUACCUUUUGAUGUUCUACUUUUUGAUAUUUCAAAGUACGAAAAGGAAAGCCAGACCACUGUAUGGCAGGUUUGGUAUGAACGUUGGCCUUGUAUAGAAGAAUAUUUCGUUUAUUUCAUAAUUUGCUAAGAACUAGCUAGCUUUCUUUUUGAUGCAUUGAAUAGGGUUUGAAAUGAUAUCAGAAUAUGUAAAUGAUUGUUGCCAGUGUGUCUAUAUUGAUGAUGCCCCAUGGUGGAACCAUGAAUUGUGAGAAGGGAAUUCAAAAAAUUUCAACCUGCGAUAUGAAUAAUUUGUUUAA